GAAAAGGCCACUUCGGAGACCAAUACCACCGAAGACUGGGCGCUAAUACUGGAGAUCUGCGAUCGCGUGGGAAGUGAUCCAAACGGCGCCAAAGACUGUAUGCGGGCUCUCAUCAGACGACUCAACCACACUCUGCCUCAUGUCGUCAUGCAAUCAAUUACUCUAUUGGACGCCUGUGUCAGCAAUUGUGGCAAAAUAUUUCAUUUGGAGGUCUGUUCGCGUGAUUUUGAGUCUGAAAUUAGGAAACUGUUGAGUAAAUCACAUCCAAAAGUGUGCGAAAAACUAAAACAAUUGAUCAAAAAGUGGGCGCAACAGGAGUUCAAAAACGACCCGCAAUUGUCUUUAAUACCAGCGCUUUAUAACAAACUGAAGAGCGAAGGCAUGGACUUCACGUCAUCAGAACCGGUGAAAAAGUCAACACAAUUACCCAAAAAUCCCGAUAUAGUGACCAGUAAUCAAGAGGAGGAAGACAUCGCCAAAGCCAUCGAAGCGAGUCUUAAAGAGUCCGGCGGUUCUCCAAACACUUCACACAAAUAUAACAAUUCCAACAAUAAUACUAAAGUGAGUCCACUNACACAAUUACCCAAAAAUCCCGAUAUAGUGACCAGUAAUCAAGAGGAGGAAGACAUCGCCAAAGCCAUCGAAGCGAGUCUUAAAGAGUCCGGCGGUUCUCCAAACACUUCACACAAAUAUAACAAUUCCAACAAUAAUACUAAAGUGAGUCCACUCUAUCCGUCAGUCUUUGCCACCGAUUCGACGGCAAACAACUCGUCUUCCGCCGCAAAGAAUUCGUUGCCCGAAAAAGAGGCCAUAAAAGUGAGGGCUCUUUACGACUUUGAAGCCGCAGAGGAUAAUGAGUUGACAUUCAAAUCCGGAGAAAUUAUACUCGUCUCCGAUCACAGUGACGCCAAUUGGUGGAAAGGGUCUAACCAUCGCGGAGAGGGUCUCUUUCCCGCAAACUUUGUCACCACUGACUUGGAAGCGGAACCCGAAUCCAAUUGUAUUGCUAUCUCUAAUUUCAGUUCAGCGAAGAAAUCAAAGUUAAGUAAUCAAGAGGAGGAAGACAUCGCCAAAGCCAUCGAAGCGAGUCUUAAAGAGUCCGGCGGUUCUCCAAACACUUCACACAAAUAUAACAAUUCCAACAAUAAUACUAAAGUGAGUCCACUGUAUCCGUCAGUCUUUGCCGCCGAUUCGACGCCAAACAACUCGUCUUCGGCCGCAAAGAAUUCAUUGCCCGAAAAAGAGGCCAUAAAAGUGAGGGCUCUUUACGACUUUGAAGCCGCAGAGGAUAAUGAGUUGACAUUCAAAUCCGGAGAAAUUAUACUCGUUUCCGAUCACAGUGACGCCAAUUGGUGGAAAGGGUCUAACCAUCGCGGAGAGGGUCUCUUUCCCGCAAACUUUGUCACCACUGACUUGGAAGCGGAGCCCGAAUCCAAUUGUAUUGCUAUCUCUAAUUUCAGCGAAGAAAUCAAAGUUAAGGUAAUGGAAAAGGAGACCGAAGUGGUGGAGAUUGACGGCGAAAAGAUCGAUAGACUUCUCCAUCUGAUCCAUGACUCGGACCCCAAUGGAGAAAAGUCUGAUUCCGAAGAGCUUCUUAUACUCGAAGAGCAAUGCACAGCAAUGGCGCCACUCAUUGAUCAAGAGUUACAACAUGUGGACAGAAAGCACGCGGGGCUGACGGCUGCCAAUCAACAGCUCACUUCAGCGCUCAAUCUCUACCAUUCCCUCAUGAGAGAGAGCAUUGCAAUGAUGAGCACUCCAUACACGCAAUAUUAUACGGGAGGAGUUGGUGUUCCCCCACAACCCCUUCAACAGCCAUACAUCGCUAAUCAGGUGCCGUUCAGUGCAAACCCUUCACUACAACAACAACAGCCCACACAACCAACCAAUCCUUUAUACACUCAACCGAUUCCACAAAUGGCUACCAUUUCGGCACAUAAUCAGGGAUUACAACAACAACCGCAACAGCAAAUGCCAAGCACUCAACCAAUUGCUUCUUAUCCUAUGCCUGUGUAUCAGCCCAUGAGUCCACCGAACAAUAUGAUGGCCCCUCAACCCGACGCCACACCUAUUCCUCAAUACCCAAUGGCUAACACAAAAAUGAUGAACCGAUCGACAACGGUAGAGAGCAUUGCGCCCAACGUUUGGACAAUAUUGUUGGUCAUGAGAACGUCCACAUUCUCUUCCAGAUGUCGUUUCGGGUCCUGUUUUCCCACAUUCUUAAUGGCCAACUGUUCGGGAGUGAUAGUGACGAUUCAAGCCGUGGAUCAGCGCCUGUAUGGACGGCUUCUUCAAGUGCCCCAAAUUACUGGUGGUCUGUCGGGGCUCCUGACCCAAGACCAUCAUAUUUGGGUUUAUCAGUCGAAACGCGUCGAUCACUACUUUGCCUUUCACUGA